AUGAGACUCAAAGCAUUCUUCGUCAUCUUUUCAUUGGGCCUUCCAGUCUACAUGGCCGCACCUGUUCCUCCUUGUAACGUGGCACGCCUCACGAGCGCAGACAUCAUCGCCAUGGCGCCAAAAGCGUCAUCUUGUGCCGCAGCACCUUUCCCCUCCGAGUGCGCGACAGCCACGGACGCUGCACCCUGGGUCAACAUGGCCUACCACCUCUUCGACAUACACGCUUUUGGCACGCAGGCCGCGUUGUUGUCGCUCAUGCUUUAUGAGUCCGGCUCUUUCAAGUACGACAUCAAUCACUACCCUGGUGUACCCGGUCAGGGUACUCGCAAUAUGCAGACCCCGGUAUUCAAUCUCAAGUAUGCUCGAUGGCUGGCUGCGAAUGUAACGGACUCGGGUAUAUCGAUGCAACAGGUGGAGGAUGCAGAGACAGAGGGACCAGUACAAGUACUGGCGCUUGUCAAUGGCGAUCGCUGGAGUUUCGCUUCGGCGGCAUGGUUUCUGGCGACACAGUGUGAUGAGGUGAUCAGACUGGGGCUGGCCGCUUACACGGAGCAAGGAUGGAAUACGUAUUUGACUGAGUGUGUUGGUACAACGGUCACAGAUGACCGGACAUCAAUCUGGAAGAAGACCAUCGCGUUAGAGAAGUGGUAG